AUGGAUUAUUUUACCCUUUUGUUAGGUUCAAUUUUUGCUAGCAUUUUACUUAUUUUUGUAUCAAAAAGAAGUAAUAAAAAGCUUCCACCCGGACCAAUACAAUUGCCAAUCAUUGGCAAUUUAUUUCAUUUGUCAGGUGCAAAACCUCAUAUAUCACUAGCAAAUCUAUCCAACUAUUAUGGUCCAAUUAUAAGUUUAAAACUAGGCCACAUAACAACAGUGGUUAUCUCUUCAUCAGCCAUGGCAAAACAAGUCCUACAAAAACAAGACCAAAAAUUUUCAAAUAGGUUUAUCCCUAAUGCCAUUCAAGCACACAACCAUUAUAAAUUCUCAGUGACGUGGCUCCCCGUGGGUCCCACGUGGCGAUCCCUUCGACGAAUCUUGAACUCCAACAUCCUCUCUCUCACUAAACUUGAUGCAAAUCAACAAUUGAGAUCACAAAAAGUGCAACAAUUAGUUGAUUAUGUUGCAAAAUGUAGCCAAGAAGGUGAAGCUGUGGUUAUUGGCAAAGCUGCUUUCAAGACUUCUCUCAAUUUGUUGUCUAACAUCCUUUUCUCAAAGGACUUGGUUGAUCCGUUUUCGGAUUCAAACGUAGAGUUGAAGAACGUGAUAUGGAACAUUGUGGCAGAGGUUGGGAAGCCUAAUCUAGUAGAUUUUUUCCCUAUACUUGAAAAGAUUGAUCCUCAACGAAUAAGGCGUAAUACAUACAUUUAUUUUACCAAGUUAUUUGUACUUUUUGAUGAUUUGAUCAAUGAACGACUCGAGGAAAAGAGAACAAGUGAAAAUAUCGAAAAGAAUGAUGUUUUGGAAAUGUUUCUCAAAAUUCAAGAAGAAAAUUCUGAAGAAAUUGAUCAGAAUCAUAUCAAAUCCUUGCUCCUGGACAUAUUUACUGGUGGUACUGAUACAACCACAAGUACAGUAGAAUGGGCAAUGGCAGAAAUACUUAAACAACCUGAGAUUAUGAAAAAAGCACAAGCUGAACUUGCAAAAAUUGUUGGGAUGGGAAAACUUAUAGAAGAAGCUGAUGUUUAUCGACUCCCAUACUUGCAGUGCAUUGUCAAAGAAACUUUACGAAUGCACCCACCGGUUCCAUUUUUACUUCCCCGCAAAGUGGAGGAAGAUGUUGAAGUAUGUGGGUAUAUCGUCCCCAAGGGUUCACAGGUACUAAUUAACGUCUGGGCAAUUGGUCGAGACCCAGCUUCAUGGGAAGACCCUUUGGUGUUUAAACCCGAGAGAUUCUUGAAUUUAGAAGUGGAUGUACGAGGAAAAGAUUUUGAAUUGAUUCCAUUUGGUGCCGGUCGAAGAAUAUGCCCGGGAUUACCACUAGCAGCAUUUAGAAUGGUUCCAAUAAUGUUGGGUUCACUCUUGAAUUCCUUCAAUUGGAAACUUGAAGAAGGCACAUCUAGUACACCAAAAGAAUUAGACAUGGAGGAGAAAUUUGGUAUCACUUUAGCCAAAGCCCGUCCUUUGCGAGCUAUCCCCUCUCCUAUUUGACGGAGAAAUAUUUUAUUUUGUCCCUCACACAACAGGCGCAAAUGAUACCUAGAAUAUACGAUGACAGAAAUAGUUAAACAA